AUGUCAGCCCUGGCUCAAGAAUGUGACCUCGGCGCUCUCGCCUAUCACAUUCUCCCACCAACCCACAUCUUCCCCGCCUUCCUCGAACGCAAAACCUCAACAUCGGUCAAAACCGGCGCCGCCGCCAACUUCGGCGCUCACUCGGUCAGCCUUCUUCAAGCCAUCUCACCGUCCACCAACAAUCGACCGCUUCUAGUUCUGAUAAAUCCGAAAAGUGGCGGAAAACAGGGCGUGAAGAUGUUGCAGAAGUUCGAAUAUCUGCUGAAUCCGCGACAGGUUUAUGAUUUGAGCAAAACUGGGCCCGAACCUGGGCUCACGCUGUUUUCCACCCUGGCUAAUUGUAAUAUUUUGGUUUGUGGUGGAGAUGGAACUAUUGGAUGGGUUUUGGAGUCGAUGGGUGAGUUGGGAGGGGCGAGCGGAAGCUUGCGGAAAGCUUCCGCGAAGUUAGCUUGACGUGGCCGCUACGCGGAAGCUCGAGCGGAGCGAUUGUAGACCGCAAGCUUCCGCUUUAGCGGCCACGUGGAUUUCUAUGAGGUAGAACGUCGGUAUUCUGUUCCGCGUCGUAGCAAUCCACGUGGCCGCUGACGCGGAUGCUUGCGGUCUACACUCGCUUCGCUCGACACAUGGCAAGGCGUCGCUGCUUGACAACACGAUUUACCUGUCAAGCAGCCAACCCUUGACAACUGAAAACUAGCUGUCAAGGCGUCGCUGCUUGAGGUGCAUCUUGUUUCCAAGCAGCCAGCCCUUGAAUUCUGAAUUUAGCUGGCAAGGCACUGCUGCUUGACAGGUGUAUCCUCAAGCAGCCAGCCCUUGACAACUCAGAUUAGCUGUCAAGGCGUCGCUGCUUGACAACACGAUAUACCUGUCAAGCAGCCAACCCUUGACAACUGAAAACUAGCUGUCAAGGCGUCGCUGCUUGACAACAAGAUAUACCUGUCAAGUAGCGACGCCUUGACCUCUGAACAUAGAUGUCAAGGCGUCGCUGCUUGAGGUGCAUCUUGGUUUCCAAGCAGCCAACCCUUGACAACUAAAAACUAGCUGUUAAGGCGUCGCUGCUUGAGGUGCAUCUUGUUUCCAAGCAGCCAACCCUUGACAACUAGCUGUCAAGGCGUCGCUGCUUGACAACAUGAUAUACCUGUCAAGCAGCCAACCCUUGACAACUGAAAACUGGCUGUCAAGGCGUCGCUGCUUGAGAACACGAUUCACCUGUCAAGCAGCCAACCCUUGACAUCUCGAAUUCUAGCUAUGCUGAAAAUUUCCAGACAAAAUCUCGUUCCCCUACGGUCGUCCACCGGUCGCGGUUCUUCCGCUCGGCACCGGCAACGAUUUGGCGCGUUGCCUCCGCUGGGGCGGAGGAUACGAGAAUGAGAGUCUGCACAAAAUUCUCGAGCAAAUCGAGAAGGCCACUCUGGUAAGUGUGUGAGCCAAGCCAAAAUCCGAUCUGAAAUUCAAAAUUUCAGAUCGAUAUGGAUCGAUGGCAGAUCAAUAUUGAGAACAAGGCUUCGAGAAGAGCCAGUGAGAAGGGCGAUCAGCCACCGUACAGUAUUAUCAAUAAUUAUUUUUCGAUUGGAGUGGUAGGUUACAGUACUCCGCAGCAGAGUACAGUACUCGAACUGCAAAAAUGUUUCUGCAGGACGCUUCCAUCGCUCACCGCUUCCAUGUGAUGCGCGAGAAGUUUCCGGAAAAAUUCAACAGUCGAAUGCGCAACAAACUAUGGUAUUUUGAAUUGGGAACCAGUGAGACGCUUUCGAGUUCGUGCAAAAAUCUUCACGAACAAAUUGAUAUACUGUGCGAUGGCGAAUCGAUUGAUCUUGGUGGGUUGACAUCUGGAAAUGCUGAAAAAUCAUGAUUUUGCAGGUCAAACGGCAAGCCUGGAAGGAAUAGCUCUCCUGAAUAUCCCCUCAAUCUACGGUGGUUCAAAUCUGUGGGGCAGAAGUCGAAAAUCGAAGGGAAAAAUGCCGGGUUUCUUUCCGAUGAAAAGUGCCGAAAAGCUGCAACUUCAGGCGCGAGUUCAAGAUAUCGGAGAUGGUUUGAUUGAGCUGGUUGGAUUGGAAUCCGCUAUGCAGAUGGGACAAAUUAAGGCGGGAGUGAGGGGAGCGAGAAGGUUGUCGCAGUGCUCGACGGUGGUUAUACAGUGAGUUGUGGCGGCUUUUCCGCAUUGUAGCAAUCCACGUGGCCGCUGACGCGGAAGCUUGCGGUCUACACUCGCUCCGCUCGACCUCGAGCACAUUGCGCGAGUGUAGACCGCAAGCUUCCGCGUCAGCGGCCACAUGGAUUACUAUGAGGUAGAUCAUCAGUAUACUCUUCCGCGUUGUAGCAAUCCACGUGGCCGCUACGCGGAAGAUAGUGCCGCUUCGCGGAAGCUUGCGGUCUACACUCGCUUCGCUCGAGGUCGAGCGGAGCGAGUGUAGAGCGCAAGCUUCCGCGUCAGCGGCACGACCACGUGGAUUACUAUGCGGUAGAUCAUCAGUAUGCUCUUCCGCGUUAUAGCAAUCCACGUGGCCGCUAAAGCGGAAGACAGUGCCGCUGACGCGGAAGCUUGCGGUCUACACUUGCUCCGCUCGACCUCUUUGCUUGAGUGUAGACCGGAAGAUUCCACGUCAGCGGCCACGUGGAAGAUCUCUAUGGUUCCCACGUCAUAAUAGUCCACGUGGUCGUGCCGCUGACGCGGAAGCUUGCGGUCUACACUCGCUCCGCUCGACCUCGAGCGCGGAAGCGCGAGUGUAGACCGCAAGCUUCCGCGUCAGCGGCCACGUGGAAGAUCUCUAUGGUUCCCACGUCAUAAUAAUCCACGUGGUCGUGCCGCUGACGCGGAAGCUUGCGGUCUACACUCGCUUCGCUCGACCUCGAGCGCUUUGCGCGAGUGUAGACCGCAAGCUUCCGCGUCAGCGGCACGACCACGUGGAUUAUUAUGAGGUAGAUCUUCAGUAUGCUCUUCCGCGUUGUAGCAAUCCACGUGGCCGCUAAAGCGGAAGACAGUGCCGCUGACGCGGAAGCUUGCGGUCUACACUCGUAGCUAUACUCUCUGUGUCUCUAUCAUCUAUUGUAGGUUAGAGACGCAGAGGAGCUUGUCAAGGAGUCUGAACCAAAAAUCUAUCUAUAGCUUCUCUGUGUCUCUAGAAUCUCUAAACUCUCUCCUCACAUAGGAAAGUUAGAGACGCAGAGAAGCUAGAUUGACUUAUGACGUGGCACACAGUACCCGAAUGGGUGAAAACUUGAAUCCCCCCAUAAAUUUUCCCUUCAGGACCCACAAAUCAUUCCCAAUGCAAAUCGACGGUGAACCAUGGAUGCAACCGCCGUGCAUAAUUCAAAUAACUCACAAAAAUCAGGCGAAAAUGCUAGUUGGUAAGAAAUUUCAGAAUUUUUGCAACAAAAAAAUCUGAAAUUUUGCAGCUCCGCGAAAACGAAGUUCUUGGAUGCUUUUACGACGACAAUCGACGAAUGAUGAUAAUUGA